AUCUCAAGCAGACGAAAAAACUAGUGAAAUUACUACUGAUUCAAGCUCAGUUGAAGAAAAUAAGGAAAAUGUGGCCUUCCCAAAGGAGAAUGAAGAAGCCUCAACAUGCAAAGAAAACACUCUGGAUACAUCGAUGUAUUAUUUUGAAGAGGUAGAAGAAUUCCGCAAUCAAAUAAAAACAUUGAAUAGGGAGCAUAGUCUUCAGAUCGAAAAAUUGAGUAAGGAGAACAUUCGCCUGCGGAAAAAGAAUGGAAAACUUUUAAGGAAAAUUAAAAUGUUGAAGGACAAUAAUAACCAAAGGGACAACUUUAAUAUUAACUUAUUCAAAAAAAAAUUAAAGGAGAAGACACAAGAGUGUGAAAAUAUCGAAAAGACAUUAAAAGUGAUAUUCACAAGUGGGCAAAUUAAUAAAAUGAAGACAACUUCGAAGGUACAUACAUAA